AUGGCCCGGGACCUCCAGGCUCUUGACUCACAUAGGAAAGAAUUCAAGAACAAGUCAUGGUGGGAGAUAAGGGCUGCGAAGAGCCUUCUGGCUCUAAGGAAACAAGAAGAACCAGAAGAUUUGCCAAAUGACUACCCCUCAAGCACCAGUGAAGAUGAGGGGGAAGGUGGUGGAGAGCGAAAGCAUCAAAAGCUUCUGGAAGCAAUCAGUUCCCUUGAUGGAAAGAAUAGGCGGAAAUUGGCUGAGAGAUCUGAGGCAAGUCUAAAGGUGUCAGAGUUCACAGUUAGUUCUAAAGGAUCAGGAGAAAGGCUGGUCCUUUCAGAUCUGCUUGAAUCCGUUAAAACUUCAUCCUCAUUGGCCACUGUGAAAAAGCAACUGAAUAGAGUCAAAUCAAAGAAGACUGUGGAGCUACCCCUUAACAAAGAAGAGGUUGAACGGAUCCACAGAGAAAUGGCAUUCAAUAAAACCUCACAGACGCUCUCCAAAUGGGAUCCCAUCGUUCAGAAGAACCAACAAGCAGAGCAGCUGGUUUUCCCCCUGGUAAAGGAGCUGUCGGCCUUUGCUCCCAUUGAGCAUGUGCUCAACGGCUGGAAGGCAAAAACACCCCUGGAGCAUGAGAUUUUUAAUCUCCUUUGUAAGAACAAGCAGCCAGUGACAGACCCUUUAUUGACUCCUGUGGGAAAGGCCUCUCUCAAAGCCAUGAGCCUAGAAGUGGCUAAGAUGCGCCGAGCAGAGCUUCAGAGGGCCAGGGCCCUGCAGUCUUACUAUGAGGCCAGGGCUCGAAGAGAGAAGAAAAUCAAAACCAAAAAGUAUCACGGAGUUCUGAAGAAAGGGAAGGCCAAGAAAGCCCUAAAAGCGUUUGAGAAGCUGUGGAAGACCAAUCCCGCUGUUGCAUUGGAAGAACUGGAAGAACUCGAAAAGGCCAGAAUGAUGGAGCGAAUGAGCCUUAAGCACCAGAACAGUGGAAAAUGGGCAAAGUCAAAGGCAAUUAUGGCCAAAUAUGAUCUGGAGGCUCGCCAGGCUAUGCAGGAUCAGUUGUCCAGAAACAAAGAACUGACGCAGAAAGUCCAGGUGGCCUCCAAGAGUGAGGAAGAGGAGGGAGGUGAGGAAGAAGAGGGUAAUCUCCUUGUCUCUGAUGCAGUGAAUGAGGCACACAUGACUGCAGAUGGACCGAAUCCCUGGAUGGUCAGGAAUCACUCCGAUGACGCAAAAGAGGCUGAAAUCCAGAAGGACUCUGAACAACUUCCAGAGCCCAUGGCCAACGAGGCUUCUGAAAGUGAGGAAGAAGGAAGACCGGUGGUAGAGGAAGAAAUUUUGUUGAAAGAAUUUAAGGAAAGACGAUCGCUUAGGAAAAAGUCGGGGCUCAACCAGGACACCAGGCCAGUGGGCAGACAAGAAACAAAAGAUUCUAGCACCCAGGAGGUGCUGUCUGAACUGAGGGCACUGCCUCAGAAACUCAAGAAAGACAACCAUCAGUGCAGGAAGCAAAACAUGGGUUCAGUGAGGACUGUCCAGAGAGAGGGACCUGCUGAGGAAGAAGAGGAGUCCCUGUUGCUACAGAGGCCAGAGGGAGCACAGACUCUGGAGGAGCUAAAGGAACUGAGCAAAGGAUGCUUUCAAAAUGAGGAGCUUCCUAGACCUGCAUUAGAAGGGCAGCAAUUGGAGAGGAAUAAUCAGCCUAGUGCUCCCAAGAAGAAAACAAAGGAGCAAAUGAUUGACCUACAGAACAUCCUAAUCACAAAAUCUCCUUCCGCGAAGUCUUUGGCUGUCCCCACGAUAGAGGAGUUGGAAGAUGAACAAGAGAGAGAGCAAAAGCAAAUGAUAAAGGAAGCUUUUGCUGGUGAUGAUGUCAUCAGAGAUUUCUUGAAAGAGAAGAGAGAAACUGUGGAGGCGAGUAAGCCAAAGGACAUGGACCUGACUCUACCUGGCUGGGGCGAGUGGGGCGGUGGGGGCCUGAAGCCCAGUGCCAAGAAGAGACGCCGGUUUCUCAUUAAAGCACCUGAAGGUCCUCCAAGAAAAGACAAGAAUUUACCAAAUGUGAUUAUCAGUGAGAAGCGAAACAUCCAUGCAGCAGCUCACCAGGUGCGGGUGCUUCCAUAUCCAUUUACCCACCAUCGACAAUUUGAGAGGACCAUCCAGACCCCUAUAGGAGCUACAUGGAACACCCAGAGAGCCUCCCAAAAGCUGACUACACCCAAGGUUGUCACCAAGCCAGGACAUAUCAUUAAGCCUAUAAAAGCAGAGGAUGUAGGCUACCGGUCUUCCUCAAGGUCGGACCUCUCUGUCGUGCAGAGGAAUCCAAAACGACUCCAUCACAAAAAACAGCUGAAGAAAACCUAA